AUGAAGGAGAAAAAGAGGAUCGAGAUGGAUGAAGCAUACAAUGAUAAUAUAAUUGAAGAGGAAGUACAAGACGUUGGAAUCAAAAGGAAUGAAGAAAUGCAUGAUGAUAUAGAUGAACUUGAAAAUGCUUUUGACAGUCACAAUGAUAAGAGAAUUAAAAACAGGGAUAUAAUGGGCAUGGGCAUAAGCAAUACAUUCUACGAUCAUACUGACUGA